AACUUAUUUAACAUUUCUUCCAAUAUACUUUUGAGCCUAAAGUGCUUUUCUUUUAAGUAAUCCUGUACAAACCCUUAGUUGCAUCCACCAAAAUACAUUUCAAUUUUUUUCUUCUUUGAACAUGCAAUACAAUUGAAACUUGCUUACUUUUUUACAUUGAGUUGCCUUCUGUCAAAUUACUACUCGCUGUACUCUGCUAAGAAGAAAAAAGGAACAAAAUUUUUGCUCGUUCUUAACAGGGAGAAUUAAUCGCUGAAUACUUCUCUUAUAUUUUGGAAAGUUUACUUGCUGUUUGCUCUCUCAAUGGAGUCUGUUUUUGGCAUCGUUAACUGUAUUGUCACUAAAGCUGUAGAGUAUUCGAUUUAUCCUAUCAUAAACCAUGUCAAAUACCUUUCCAAUCAUCGGAAAAAUGUUGAGACCCUCAAUGACCAUGCUGAGAAGCUGAAAGAUGCAAGGGACAGAGUGCAGCACUCUGUUGAUGCAGCUUUACGAAACGGCGAAGAGAUCGAGCGUGAUGUUAACAACUGGCUGUCUGCAGUGAACGGGAAGAUCCUUGGACAAGUAGAGAAAGUGAUGCAAGAUGAAGGAAAAGCGAAGAAAAAGUGUUUUGUGCGUUUGUGUCCUAAUUUCUGGACUCGGUACAAGCUUAGCUUCAAAGCUGAAGAGGAGGCGAAGACUGUUGCGGAUUUACUUGAACAGGGCAAGUUUCGCGAGGUUUCUUAUCCUGUAGCUCUGCAGGAUAUCACUGUCCCACCAGUUAAAGGGUACGAGGAAUUCGAGUCAAGAACGUUGGUUUUCAAUGGAAUAAUGGAGGCACUAAAAGAUGAUAGUGUCAGCGUUAUUGGGGUGUACGGUAUGGGUGGGAUCGGAAAAACAACGCUAGCCAGAGAAAUCGCUAGUAAAGUCAAGGGCAAGUUAUUUGAUUCGGUUGUCAUAGCAACCGUAACUCAGGCCAUUGAUGUUGAGAAAAUUCAGAACCAAAUUGCAGAUUUAUUGGGUUUGAAAUUAGAGGAACAAAGUAUGGUUGGAAAGGCACUUCGACUACGAGAAAGACUGAAGAAAGAGGUGAGGAUUCUGGUUGUGUUGGAUGAUAUCUGGGCAAAAAUAGAUAUUGAGGAAGUUGGGAUUCCUUUGGGAGAUGAACACAAGGGGUGCAAACUGCUGCUAACUUCUAGAGAGCUCAAUAUUUUAUCAAAUGAGAUGGAUGCUCAGAAAUGUUUUGCAAUAGGGUUUCUAAAUGAACUGGAAGCCUGGGACCUGUUCAAGAAGAAGGCUGGCGACUGUGUUGAAUGUUGUGAUUUGAAACCUACAGCUAAGAAAGUAGUCGAAAAAUGUGCUGGAUUGCCGAUAGCCAUUGCGACAGUUGCAGGGGCUUUAAGAAACAAAAGAUUGUUCGAGUGGAAGAAUGCUUUACGAGAACUAGAGAGGCCUUCAUCAAGCAACUUCACAGGGAUAACUGCAGCAUAUUCAGCUAUUGAGUGGAGUUUUUAUUAUUUAGAAAGUGAGGAAGUUAAGCUGACUUUCUUGCUUUGCUGUGUAAUAGGCCAUAAUGGUCUGGUUGAGAAGUUGAUGAGAUAUACUGUCGGUUUGGGUUUAUUUGGUGGUAUCAACACUAUAGAAGAAGCUAGAAAUAAAGUAUUGACAGUUGUGGCUAGUCUCAAAGCGUCUUCCUUGUUGCUUGAUAGUUAUAACGAUGAGCGCUUUGAUAUCCAUGAUGUUGUUUGGGAUGCUGCUGUAGCUAUUGCAUCAAGGGACUACCAUAUGCUUGUUUUGAGAGAUCAUGUUCCAAUGGAGUGGUCCGAUAAGGAGAAAAUGAACAGUUGGAGGAGGAUAAGCUUAACUUGUCCUCAAAUUAUAGCCGAGCUUCCUAAGGAGUUGGAGUGUUCAGGUCUUUCCUUUUUCCAUAUGACCCAUUAUGGUUCAGUGGAAAUUCCUCCCGACUUUUUCAGACGAAUUGAAAGUCUCAAAGUCUUGGAUUUACCUCACGGACCUUCAUUUUCCUAUCUACAGGAGUCAAUUAUUCACCUACCUGAGUCGAUUAAUCACCUCAUAGAUCUUCACAUGUUGUGUUUAAGAGGAUGUCCAGUUGAAGACGUAACCAUCAUUGGAGAGCUCAAAAAUUUAGAAAUCCUUGACCUUGCUAAGUCAAGUAUCAAAGAACUACCUAAGGAGAUAGCACAAUUGACUCAGUUAAGGUUGCUGGAUUUGAGUUGGUGUACAGAACUCAAAAUCAUCGCGCCAAAUGUCUUAUCAGGUUUGUCCAAAUUAGAAGAAUUAUUUAUGGAGGGAAGCUUUGCUGAAUGGGAAAAUGAAGGCGUGGUUGACAACGAUAGGAGAAACGCAAGCCUUGACGAAUUAAAUAGUUUGCCUCGUCUAACUACUUUAUAUGCUCAUAUUCCUGACGCCCAAAUGAUUCCAAAGCAUCGGUUCAUUGAGACAUUAGAAAGAUACAUGAUUUUUGUAGGUGAUUAUAAUGUGUAUGAGUGGUGCCAAAAACAUGACUGUUUGAGAACAUUGAAGCUCAAGUUAUAUACAAACAUUGAUUUGGAUAAUGGGGUGAAAAUGUUGUUGAAAAAGACUCAAGAUUUGUACCUAGACCUAGAGGGAAUCCAAGGCAUUGAGAAUGUACUUGAGGAGUUAAAUAAUGGGGAAGAUUUUCCAUAUUUAAAGAGAGUUCAUGUCAAAAAUGGUAAGCAGGUCCAAUAUAUUACAAUGAACAAAAUUGGGUUUUCUGAAUUACGUUCCAUAACACUUGAGUAUUUGCCGCAACUCAUUAGCUUUUGCUCUCAAGACGAAAGGUAUUCCAUGAGUUCUGAGUCCUUACCACUUUUCAAUAAACAGUUUGUUUCCCGUCACUUGGAAAGCUUGCAAUUGUGUUCCAUUAACACCAAAAGAAUAUGGCAUAACCAAACAUAUCCUCAGCUUUCGAAUUUGACAAGCUUAUUCAUCAAUGAAUGUGGUAACUUGGAGCAUCUGUUAUCACCCUCUCUUGCCAACAGUCUGGUGCAGCUCCAACGAUUUCAGAUAUUGGAUUGUGAGUCCUUAAGGGAGAUAAUAUUUACAGAGAAAAUAGAAGAAGAAAAGAUAGAUGUUAUUUGUUUCCCUCGAUUAAACUAUCUGCGUAUAGAGGGCCUUCGAAACCUCAUUUUCUUUUGCUCAAGAAAUUAUAAUAUCGAAUUCCCAUUGUUGAAAGAGCUAGAGAUUGAGGAUUGCCCAAAAUUAAAAGAAUUCAUUUGUCAAACCGGUACUAAAUCCAGCAUACAAGCUCUCUUCAGUGAGAAGGUUGCAAUACCUAGCUUGGAAAGGAUGACAAUCUCCUACUUGAGUUAUGUGAAGAUGAUAUUUGAUAAUGAGCUAGCACCAGGUUCCUUUUGCAAAUUAGAAGAAAUAAGUGUUGCUUUUUGUGAUGAGUUGUUGACUAUUUUUUCAUCUAAAUGUCUCAUCAGAGUAUUUAACUGUUUGCAAAUGCUUCAAGUGUGGAGAUGUGAAUCACUAGAACAAAUAUUUGAGGUCAGAGGGUUAAAUACCAACAAAAUACAUGCGGCAGAUUCUCAACCAAGCCCAAAAUUGAAGAUUGAUCUCCAAGGCCAAGAGAUUCUUACCUUUCAAAAUCUACGACAAGUAGUUCUUGAGGACUGUUGGAGUCUGAAAAAUCUAUUUCCAGUGUCAAUAGCCAAACAUCUUCCACAACUUGAACAUUUAAGGAUAAGUAGGUGUGGGGUGGAGGAGAUUGUAUUGGGAGGGGAAGGAGUGGAGGAGCAGCCUGUGAGGUUUAAGUUUCCCAAAGUGUCUUCACUUGAGGUUACAGACUUAGAAAAGCUCAAAUGUUUCUAUAAAGGGCAACAUACAAUAGUCUGGCCCAUGUUGAAAAAAAUGAAAACAGAUUCUUCUACUUUGCGAAAGAUAGUGGCUCCAGAACAUCUUAGAUUAAUCCAAGACACAAAUGGAAAUGGGCAGCCAGUUUUGUUUGUUGAGGAGGUCUUUCCCAAUUUAGAGGAACUGCGGGUAGUAAUAUUUGGUGAUAUGGACCAGUUUCCACUGGACUUGUUUCACAAUAUUAAACUUUUUCGACUGAGUUGUUCCUCCCAUGGUGGAUCUUCUUAUAUAUUUCCUUUCCUCCGAAGAUUCUACAAUCUGGAAAGUCUUUUGCUUUCUGGUUUUGAUUUUAAAGAUGUAGUCCAUUGUAAAGGAGAUGCUAGGACUCUCAAACGAAUAAAAAAUCUGAAAUUGCAAAGUUCUAGAAAUCUUAAGCACAUAUGGAGGAAAGAUUCAGUGCUUGGUUAUAUUCUUUCAAAUCUCCAAACACUUGAAGUUUGGAAUUGUGAGGAUUUGAUAAAUAUCGGAGCCAGGUCAUUAUCUUUUCAAAAUCUCACAACUUUGCAUGUGUCAUUUUGCAAAAUGAUGAAAAACCUAGUAGCUCCAUCUGUAGUUGAGAAUCUGGUACAAUUAACAACAAUGAGGGUAAAAGGGUGCACCAAAAUGACAGAAAUAGUGGCACAUGAGGGAGACUACCAUCAGACGAUAGUUGCUGGUAAAUUGAAAUGUUUACAACUCAGUGAACUACAAAGCCUCACAAGCUUUUGUCCUGGGAGUUACACCUUCAACUUUCCUUGUUUGGAAGAAGUGGUUGUGGAAAGGUGUCCUAAAUUAAAGAUCUUUUCUGAGGGAGCUUUAAGCACCCCGCAAUUACAGAGAGUAAAACAGGAGACUUUCGAUGAGAAAGGGCGUUGGACAGGUGACCUGAAUACCACCAUACAACAAUUGUACAUGGAAAAGGGUGGAUUCAAUGGCCCACGUGAUUUGAACAUCUCUGACACAUUUCCAAAGUUAAUAGAAACAUGGAAAAGGAACCCUCAAGAAAUUUUGGAGUUGCAGAACCUUAGAGAAAUGGAGUUUUAUAAAUGUAGCAGCUUGAAGUACAUUUUUACCCCGUCUAUGCUUUUGAGCCUCAAGCAACUAGACAGGAUAGAAGUAAAGGAAUGCAAUACAAUGGAACAAGUGAUUAGGGAGGAGGAGGAAGCAACCAUACAUAAGUUGACAUUUCCUAAGCUCUCCUUUGUAAAAAUAGAGGCGUGUUCCAACUUGACAAAUUUUUUUUUGGGAAGUCGACCUCUUGAAUUUCCUAAGUUUAUUGAUAUUACAAUAGUUGACUGUCCAAAAAUGACUGCAUUUUCAUCCUCAGUUUCAAGAGAGAGUGGCGAUGCAAGUGAAAAUGUGGUUGGUGAGGGGGACAUCGACGAUAAUACUGCAAUUUUUUUUAGCGACAAGGUUGUCAUUCCCCUUCUGAUGGAUCUGAAAUUGUCCUCCGUUAACAUUCAUAGCAUAUGGCACUACCCAUCUUCCUCAUCUCUCAGAUAUUUGUAUCAUUUGCGGGUGGAGGGGUGUCACAAUUUGAAAUACCUGUUUCCCUCCUCCUUAGUAAAACAUCUUGUGCAACUCAAAAUCCUUCAAAUUUGGGACUGUAAUAUGAUGGAACAAGUAAUCUUCACGGAUGGAUUGGGUGCAGAAGAUCAAUGGAGGAAUCAUACUAUUUUCUCUAAACUAGAUUUGCUGUCUCUGGAAGACCUUCCCAAACUCACAAGUUUCUGCUUUCAAAAUUACUCUGAAUUCCCAUGCUUAACAAAUUUAAGGCUAAAAAAAUGUCCUUUCCUAAAAGCAUUCAUGUCUAUAUCUGUAUCCAGAGAUGAACCUCGAGCUGACCACCAUCUACAAGCAAGUAACUUGGUUCAUAACUCUGCUGUUCUCAAUGAAAAGGUUGUUUUCCCUAGUUUGGAGAAGUUGCAUAUUCAAAAUUGUGAUUCCUUACAAGGAAUAAUUGAGGCACAAGGACUGAUUGCCAAUACAUCAACUACUCAAUCUAUUGUUCGAGAAACUACGACGAUUAAGUUUGUAUUUCCCAAACUAAUAUACCUUGGAUUGAAUAAGGUUCCAAGAUUGAAAAGUUUCUGCUCUAGGAUGCAUACCACCCAAUGGCCAUCAUUGAAACAUAUGGAGGUUAUUGAAUGCCCCAAAGCACACAUAUUUGCUCCAAAAUGUCCCAAGAGUCAAGUUGAAAUCUCAAACCAACAACCCUUGUUUUGCGUCAAUGAGGACACUUUCCCUGUCUUAGAAGAAUUAACACUGAAAACGAAUGAUAUGAUGAAGGGGAUAUGUGAUGGACAACUCUCAUUGCAGUGUUUCCCGAACCUUAAACUCCUUAACCUCCAUUGCUUUCCGGGGACAUCCACUACUCUUCCAUAUUGCUUCAUUCAAUCACUACCAAAGCUUCAAAAGCUUGUUAUAUUCAAUGCUUCCAUUUCUAAAAUAGUCCGGUCUGAAGGACUCAGUGACAAGGAAAGGCAGACAUCAGCAUUCUAUCAGUUAAAGGAAUUGAGGUUGUCUAAACUUCCGAAGUUGACAUUAAAGACUUUUCAACCAUCUUUGCUGUCUUUCAAAAAGCUAACAACUCUAGAAGUUAUAAGCUGCCAUGGAUUCAUCAAUUUAAUGGCAUGCUCAACAGCUGAGAGCCUGAUGCUACUAGAAAGAUUGAGCGUAGCUGAUUGUGAGAUGAUAGAGGAAAUCAUAGCAUGUGAGGGUGAAGAAAUACAAGGCAGCAUUAUUUUUCCCAAACUGAAGUAUUUGAAACUAAGUGGUCUGCCAAGUCUAGCAAGCUUUUCCUUGGCACAUCACUCGUUAGAGUUCCCUGUCUUGCAAAUGGUAAUGGUGACAAAGUGCCCAAAAAUGAGAAACUUCUGUCAAGGAGAUUUAAGCACGUCAAAUCUACAACAAAUGCAUGUAACAAGAGAUGAGGAAGAUGAACUAUGGUGGGAAGGCGAUCUUAACACUACCAUAAAACAAAUGUUCAAUGUAAUGAAUGUGAAAAAUUCUCAGGUGACUUGAGGAAAUAUGUUUGGGUGCUUCCGAGACAAAAGCUUGGUUUCAUUUCAGUUCAAAACAAAUGGUUGAGUUUCUUUAUUGUUUGCAAUAUUUCAGUGACUUUCCGGUGAGAUUUCGGUGACAUUAUUGGUACCAAAUGAAAGUUCCUUUCAAGAUUUUUCAAAUGGCUAUUAGAAGAUUUGUGAAAUUUGUCACUCAAGUGUUGACUCAGCAGACUAAAAUUUUGGGGUGUUGUUGAAGGACUUCAGAUUGCCUGGAGGAAUGGAGACCGGUGAAUCAUUCUGGAAAUAAAUGGUAUGGAGGUUGCUAAUAUGCUGUCUAGUAGUAGUGCUAAGUUUGGUAAACAUCGGUUGUGUAGGGAGGCUCACAAGCACAUGAAUAAAGAUUGGGAGGUGAUUAUUCAACAUACCUACAGAAAAGGUAAUAAGCUUACUGAUGGCAUAGAUUCAAUGGCUUGGGAUAAACCAUUACAAUGUUUUGUAUUUUACUCUCCACCGGAUGUAAUUCGUAACUUACUGAAUGCAAAUGCAAAUGGAGUUGUGACACCAAGAUUGGUGGUUGUUUUCUCUUCUUAAUCAAAAAAAGAAAAAGAAAAAAGGAGUUGAUUUUUAUCUAUUUGUAUUUUGGAAAUUAUUAAUUUCUCUUUAUUAUAGCUUUGAUAUGAAAUAUGCUUUGAAUUA